AUGGAGCCGGGUCGGCGCGCCCCGGGGCGCAGGGAAGCGGCAAGGGGGCUGCUGCUCGGCGAGGCUGCGGCCGCCAAGGGGUUGCGGGAGGACCUGAGGGGCGCGGCGGCCCGGCCCUGGAAAGGCCUGGCGCGGAUCCCGAAGCAAGAGCGUCCGCGGCGCGAGGAGGCGGCGGCCGAGCACGAGUUCCUGCUGCCAAAUGAGAGAAGCUUCCAGAAUGCUGCUAAAAGCAAUAAUUUGGAGCUUAUGGAGAAGCUGUUUGAAAAGAAGGUUAACAUGAAUGCUGUGAACAAUAUGAACCGCACAGCCCUGCCUUUUGCAGUGGGGACAGGUCAUUUGUCUGCGGUGGAUUUCUUGCUGAAUCACAAGGCCAGGGGGGUGUUGCUGUUGAGGAAGCAUGGCUUGACAGUAAUUCACCUUGCAUCCUGGUCUGGAAGCCUUGAGAUCAUGCUCAUGCUGGUUAGAGCUGGAGCAGACCAGAGAGCCAAGAAUCAGGAUGGAAUGAAUGCCCUCCACUCUGGGGCUCAGAGCAACAUAGGCAUUGUGGAGUACCUCAUUCAAGAUCUGCACCUGACGGACUUGGACCAGCCUGAUGAGAAAGGAAGAAAACCAUUUCUUUUGGCAGCAGAGCGGGGCCACAUUGAAAUGAUAGAAAAACUUAAUUUCCUUAAUCUGCAUACUUCAGAAAAGGACAAGAAUGGCAAAACACUAUUCUUCUUAGCUGUUGAAGGAGGUCAUGAAGAAUGCAGCAAAGUGCUACUGGCAUCAGGAAGUGAUAUCAACAUUCCAAGUGAACUCGAUAUCAGUGCUUUGCAGAUAGCAACCCGGAACAGCCACGCAUCCUUUGUCAGCUUUCUUUUCAGUGAGAAUGUUGAUCUGCACCAGAAGGUGGAACCUAAGGAGUCCCCUCUUCAUUUAGCUGUUAUCAACAACAAUAUCACAGUGGUAAACAGCUUAUUAAGUGCACAGCAUGAUAUUGACAUCUUAAAUCAGAGGUCACAAGCUCCUUUGCAUGUAGCUGCUGAUCUUGGAAGUGUGGAACUGGUGGAAACCCUGCGGAAGGUGGGCAGUGACCUAAGGUUGUUGACAAAGUGACAAGGGAAGACUGCCCUGGCCGUGGCCGCCAGGAGCAACUGCAGCGUCAUCGUGGGCACACUCAUUGAAGCCGAGAGGUGCUACGCCUGGAGAGAGGAGCAUGGUGAGAACAUCAAGGACCCAUCAACGUUCAAGCAAGAUUACAGUCAGGAGACCAGGCACAUUCUCAGUCUCCUCUGGCAUCUGGCUUACCGUCAGCUGAAGACCAACGAGUGGCAGAGGCUAGCCCAUUUGUGGAACUUUACAGACGCCCGGAUCAGAGCCAUCGAGGAGCAGUGGUCAGGUCAGCAUGUCCCAGGAGAUGUGGGCAGGAGGCAUUCGGUAUUAGGAAGAGCCAUCCUUACUGGUGCCCAUCUUCCAAGUGGGUGUCCAGUGCUCUUGAUAAGCAACAGACUGCAGGGGCCCAGGAGUGGGGACAGUUAG